AUCACAUUGAGUUUGACAUGGAGAGCACAAACCGUAACCGAAACUUGAGUUCCAAAUUACACGUAGUCACAAUAAUAACGACUUUCUCAAGCUUAUUCUUCUUUCCUCAAAUGUCCCAACGGUUUUUUCUCUCCAUUUUCCAUUCUCAAAUUUCCGUUCACAGCUUCGAUUCUAACAAGGCGCAGCAUCAACAAUGUCGCUAUCGGAUUCCGAAACCUCCUAUGGCGGUGGCGGUGGAUCGGAUUAUAAGCCUUUUCGUCAUAUCAGCCGCGAUAGAUUAUUAUAUGAAAUGCUUAGAUCAGCUAAGUCAGCGGAUUCAAAAGCAUGGAAGGUGCUCAUAAUGGACAAAGUUACAGUGAAAGUUAUGUCACAUUCAUGUAAAAUGGCAGAUAUUACAGACCAGGAAGUUUCUUUGGUGGAAGACCUUUUCCGGAGAAGGCAACCGUUACCAUCAUUGGAUGCUGUUUAUUUCAUCCAGCCUUCAAAAGAGAAUGUAGUCAUGUUCUUGUCUGAUAUGUCUGGAAGGGAGCCUCUGUACAAGAAAGCCUAUAUAUUUUUCAGCUCACCAAUCCCAAAGGAGCUUGUAAACCACAUUAAAUGUGAUACAAGUGUCUUACCACGCAUAGGAGCAUUGAGAGAGGUCAGGAUUUGUUUUAACCUUCAAUCUAGAAUUUAUAAGCAAGUAAUCAUCUUCAAAUUGUUUUUGACCGAAAUUAUUUUUUGGUGUAAUUUGCAGAUGAAUUUGGAAUACUUUCCAAUAGAUAGCCAGGGGUUUAUCACUGAUCAAGAUACAGCACUGCAAGAACUUUAUGGAAAUGUUGACAAUAUUCGUAGAUUCAAUACCUACUUGAAUAAUAUGGCGAUUCGAAUAGCUACAGUUUUUGCUUCAUUGAAGGAGUUACCGCAUAUAUACUAUCGUUCGGCAAAGGAAAGUGACGAGUCUGCACCAACAGUAAGUCGUGAAUUAGUUCCUACCAAGCUUGCUGAUGCAGUUUGGGACAUGGUUUCUAAAUAUAAAUCUACUAUUCCCAAAUUUCCACAAAGUGAAACAUGCGACCUACUCAUUGUCGAUAGAUCUGUUGAUCAGAUUGCUCCUGUCAUUCAUGAAUGGACCUAUGAUGCUAUGUGCCAUGAUUUGUUGGAUAUGGAAGGAAAUAAAUAUAUACAUGAGGUUGCCAGCAAAACAGGGGGUCCACCUGAGGAAAAGGAGGUCGUUCUAGAAGAACACGACUCAGUCUGGCUCGAACUUCGCCAUUCACAUAUAGCAGAUGCUAGUGAAAGAUUGCAUGAAAAGUUUACCACCUUUGUAUCAAAGAACAAAGCAGCACAAAUGCAACAAAGUGGAAGAGAUGGUGGUGAAAUAUCUACGCGGGAUUUGCAAAAAAUGGUUCAAGCUUUGCCCCAAUACACUGAGCAAGUAGAAAAGAUUUCACUCCAUGUAGAGAUAGCUGGAAAGAUCAACACAAUCAUCAGAGACGCAGCACUUCGAGAGCUUGGACAGUUGGAGCAAGAUCUUGUUUUUGGGGAUGCUGCAGCCAAGGACGUUAUUAACUUUUUAAGAACAAAGCAGAAUACAACUCCUGAAUAUAAGUUGCGGUUGUUGAUGAUCUAUGCAUCUGUCUACCCUGAAAAGUUUGAGGGUGAUAAAGGUUUAAAGCUAAUGCAGUUGGCAAAACUAUCACCCGAUGACAUGAAAGUUAUCAGUAAUAUGCAACUGCUGGCGGGAUCAUCAACAAAGAAGGCAUCUGCUGCUGGUGCUUUCUCACUGAAGUUCAGUAACCAGAAGACAACGCAAGCAGCACGCAAAGAUCGUACUGACGAAGAGGAAGAAACAUGGUCACUAUUUCGAUUUUAUCCCGUUGUAGAGGAGCUCAUUGAAAGUCUUAAUAAGGGAGAACUGCCAAAGGGUGAAUAUGCAUGUAAAAAUGAACCAAUUCCCGUUCCCAAAGGAAACUCUGCUCGAAAUAGCAAGAGCACUCAGAUAGCUCCAGCUCCAACAGCCCCUCCUCAUUCAAUGAGAUCUAGGCGGACAGCCAACUGGGCUAAGUCACGUACUUCUGACGAUGGAUAUUCAAGUGACUCCACGUUAAAGAACGUAGCUGCUGAUUUCAAGAAGAUGGGAAAGAGAAUCUUUGUGUUUAUUAUUGGCGGGGCUACUCGAUCUGAGCUACGUGUUUGUCACAAAAUGACAACAAAACUGAGAAGAGAAGUAAUCCUAGGCACUACCUCCAUGGAUGAUCCUUCGCAAUAUCUUACGAAAUUGAAGUUAUUAUGCGACAGUAGAGCUACUGUCACGCCAGACGGCCUUGGAAUAUGAAGUGUUUCUUAAUACUGCUAAUUGCCAAAAGGUUGGCUAUAUACUUCUGUAUCGAUUAUUACUCACUCACCACCCUUAAUUCUUUAGACAUAGAAAGUUUAUGCUCCCUUAACAAGGGAUGAAUACAGGGCCCUUUCAAUUUUGGUUACACAGAUUUUGUCAUGUAUGAUGGACAUUUGUAUAACUGUUAUGAUAAUAUAUUUUUCGUGUCAAAUUCAGCGGAAAGAAAGAUAAUAAAUUAUAGUUUUUGUA